UCUCAAGCAGACCUUCUAUUAAAAUGAUCUAAGGAAUUUUUGGAGAUUUGAUUUUAACUAAUCUUUCAAUAGCUGAUCUCAGGAAGAAACAAUAAAAUAGUGCCAACCAACCUAUAAAAUAACAAUGUAGAUAAUCAUAAAUAUUUACGCAAAAUACUUUUCAAGUUUAAAUUAAAAGACCUAAUUUUGAUUCGAUACAACUCAAUCAUCCAUUGCUAUCAAUGGAUUUAAAUGAUAUUCUAAAUUCAAAAUAGUACUUUUAUAUAUUUAAAUGAGUUUCGAGAGCAACGCCAAAAAGUUUGGUGAAAUGAUCAAGAAAAAUCAAUAUUAUUUGGAAGAAUAUCAAAUAAAAUAAAACUAUUAAAUCCCUACAGAAAAUAGAGUGGAUCAAAAAUAAAUAGCAUAAAUGAAUGCUCCAAUUAAAAAUAAUAGACAAAAUAUGGAAAGUCAAUAUGAUUAGGUGAGAAAGACCACUAUUACCAAUUUUAACCAAGAUAAACUCUUAUCAGAAUAUUAAAAAUAAAAUAGUUCCUGUUAUCCAUUCAUAAACCCUUACUAAGUCUAAGAGAUUUAGAAGUAAAACUAUUUAGAAAUUAAUUAGACCUAGUUAAGAAAAAACUUUGAAUGAAAUAAUCAACUUUUUCAAGCAACACAAUUAUGAUGUCCAAACAUAGGAAUUGCAGUUCUAUAUCGAUGCUUAUAACACUAAAGACCCUAAUAAACUAUUAGAAAUGUAUAAAGCGAAUAAGACUAGAUGAGAAGUAUAUUUUACA